AAAAAACUGUAACAGAGGAAUCGCGAGCUUCAAGCUGAGAGAAAGAGCCAUGCCUUGUUCAACUCUCACAUCUCAAGCAUAUUACAAACCUUUCCACUAAAUUUUUUUUUUUUUUUUUUUUUUUUGUAAUAAUAAUCAAAAUCUGAUCAUCUUGGUAUCAAAUUUCGUAACUUUUUUUCUUUUUGAUUUUGGUUUUUGGUGUUAUCCCCAAUUCUUCGAAUCAAACCCACGUCAAUUUUUUUUUUUUUUUAGUAAAGAAGGCAUAUAUUCUCUCUGUUUCAGAACUUUGUUGUAUCUCUUUGAUCGUUGGUUCUCUUGGACGAGAGAGAAGAGAGAGAGAGAGAGAAUGAUAAAUCCGGGUCACGGAAGAGGACCCGAUUCGGGUUCCAACUCUGACCCGUUUCCGGCGGGUCUUCGAGUUCUUGUUGUUGAUGAUGAUCCGACUUGUCUCAUGAUCUUAGAGAGGAUGCUCAGGACUUGUCUCUACAGAGUAACUAAGUGUAACAGAGCAGAGAUCGCAUUGUCUUUACUCCGGAAGAACAAGAAUGGUUUUGAUAUUGUCAUCAGUGAUGUUCAUAUGCCUGACAUGGAUGGUUUCAAGCUCCUUGAGCACGUCGGUUUAGAGAUGGAUUUACCUGUUAUCAUGAUGUCUGCGGAUGAUUCGAAGAGUGUUGUGUUGAAAGGAGUGACUCACGGUGCUGUCGAUUACCUCAUCAAGCCGGUACGUAUUGAGGCUUUGAAGAAUAUAUGGCAGCAUGUUGUGCGGAAGAAGCGGAACGAGUGGAAUGUUUCGGAACAUUCGGGAGGAAGUCUUGAAGAUACUGGCGGCGACAGGGACAGGCAGCAGCAGAGAGAGGAUGCUGAUAACAAUUCCUCUUCGGUUAAUGAAGGGAACUGGAGGAGCUCGAGGAAGCGGAAGGAAGAGGAAGUAGAUGAUCAAGGGGAUGACAAAGAGGACACCUCGAGUUUGAAGAAACCACGAGUGGUUUGGUCGGUUGAAUUGCAUCAGCAGUUUGUCGCUGCUGUGAAUCAGCUCGGCGUUGAUAAAGCGGUUCCCAAGAAGAUCUUAGAGAUGAUGAAUGUACCUGGGCUGACGCGAGAAAAUGUAGCCAGUCACCUACAGAAGUACCGGAUAUAUCUAAGACGGCUUGGAGGAGUGUCACAGCACCAGGGAAAUAUGAACCAUUCGUUUAUGACUGGUCAAGAUCCGAGUUAUGGUCCUCUUUCUUCAUUGAAUGGAUUCGAUCUUCAAGCUCUAGCUGUUGCGGGUCAGCUCCCUGCACAGAGCCUCGCACAGCUUCAAGCAGCUGGCCUUGGGCGGCCUUCACUCACUAAACCGGGGAUGUCGGUUUCUCCCCUGGUAGAUCAAAGGAGCAUCUUCAACUUUGAAAAUCCGAAGAUAAGAUUUGGAGAUGGCCACGGACAGACGAUAAACAAUGUUAAUAAGCAGAUGAAUUUGCUUCAUGGUGUCCCAACAGGUAUGGAACCUAAACAAUUUGCAGGUAGUCACAUGCGCGUACAGCAACAAAUCGCUGGUGUGCGUCCAGGACAGAAUGUUCAGAGCAGUGGAAUGAUGUUGCCUGUAACCGACCAGCUACCCCGAGGAGGGCCAUCAAUGCUACCAUCUCUCGGGCAACAGCCGAUGUUGUCAAGCAGUGUUUCAAGGAGAAGCGAUCUCACUGGUGCGGUAGCAGUUAGAACCAGUAUCCCGGAGACUAACAACAGAAUGUCACCAGCUACCCACUCAGUCUUCAACAACUUCUCUGCAGAUCUACCUCAAAACAGCUUCCCAUUGGCAAGUGCCCCAGGGAUAUCAAUUCCAGUGUCAGCUUCUUACCAAGAAGAGGUCAGCAGCUCGGAUGCGAAAGGUGGUUCAUCAGCUGCUACCAUGGCUACCGCAGGGUUUGGUAACCCGAGCUACGACAUAUUCAACGAUUUUCCGCAACAGCAACAGCACAACAACAAUAUCAACAACAGAUUGAAUGAUUGGGAUCUGCGGAAUAUCGGAUUGGUCUUUUCCCAUCAGGAUGCAGCAGCAGCCUCUGCGGCUUUUUCUACUUCGGAUGCAUACUCUUCGCCUUCUACACAGAGAAAAAGGCGGGAAACAGAUGCAACAGUGGUGGCCGACCAGGGCCAGAACCAGCAACCACCUAGCCGGAAUCUGAAUCAUCUGAACAACGUUUAUAUGGAUGGUGGUUCAGUCAGAGUGAAGUCAGAAAGAGUGGCGGAGACCAUGACCUGUCCUCCUGCAACUACAUUGUUUCACGAGCAGUAUAAUCAAGAAGAUCUCAUGAGCGCACUUCUCAAACAGGAAGGCAUUCCAACGGUAGACAACGAGUUUGAUUUUGACGGAUAUUCCAUCGAUAAUAUUCCAGUCUGAGCUCAGAAACUCAGACUAGACUGCAAGAUUCUUUGUUUUUCUUCUCCUUCGAGGUACAAAAGCUUGAUAGAAUGACGAUUAUCCAAGGAGAAAAUAGAACGGAUCAUGUUGUUGUAUCUUUAGAUGAUCAUCUGCAGGAAAUUCAAAAGCAGAUUAUAGAAAAUAAUAAUUGUAUUUCUUUUUAAAUAUUAGGAGUAAUGUCAAUUUCUUGGAGUUAUUUUGUUUCUACAUCUGUCUCGCCUUACAUAAAGACUGAGACAAUAUAGGGUUCUUGAUCGUCUAAUAUCCAGACAAUUAGCUAUGUUUUGCUCCUCUUUUUGAGUUUUUAGGAACAUUUCGUGUAAAUAUGUUUCUAUGCGUUGUUGCUUCACAAUAAUAAAGAUACGGUAUUGAUCCGAUCAA